AUGACCAUGUUGCGAUUUGCUUCCUCCACCCACGUCCACCAGAUCGUCGGCGGCAACGGCUUCAACGCCUCCAUGACCACUGGCGACGUCUCCGAGACCGCUAGCUGCACCACCUGCCAGUUCUCCGACGAUUUCUCCAACUACUGGACCGCCAACCUGUACUUCAGGGCCAGGAACGGAACUUUCAAGCGCGUGCCGCAGUUCGGCAGCCCUCUCCAAUUCGGUGACCAGUUCUCCACCCAGACCGGCGGUGGUAUCCUCGUCUACUACGUCUCCGCCCAGCCCGGCAAGGUCACCGCCUUCGCCCCCGGCUUCCGCAUGCUCGUCGGCGACCCGGCCGACCGCGAGAGGCCCACCAACAUGAAGCGCCAGAACUGCUUCCGCUGCUACACCGGCCCCAACCACGGCGGUGACACCGGCGCCCCCUGCCAGGACGGCAACACCGACCACGACGCCCUUCCCGCCAAGGUCUGCGCCGGUGGUAUCCGCUCCAACGUUCUCUUCCCCACCUGCUGGGACGGCAAGAACCUCGACACCCCCAACCACAAGGACCACGUCGCCUACCCCGUCAGCGGCCCCGCCACCUUCCUCUCCCUCGGCGGCGAGUGCCCCUCCACCCACCCCGUCCGCAUUCCCCAGCUCAUGUACGAGGUCAACUGGGACACCUCCGGCUUCAACAACCAGGCCGAGUGGCCCGAGGAUGGCUCGCAGCCCUUCGUCCUCUCCAUGGGCGACCCCACCGGAUUCGGACAGCACGCCGAUUACUGCGCCAGCCUCAAGAGGCAGGAUAUCGGUGCCGCCAAGGCCUGCAGCGUCCCCACUCUCGUCAACGAGGACGUCGAUGGCUGGCUCACCACUCUCCCCGGUGUUGACGUCGUUGCUUAA